AUGUGUAGAUCGUUAAUCGAAAACUUGAUUGAGCCCGCUGAAAAAGUGUGGUGGCAGUCGGUUAAGACACGACCUCCGUCUGGGCGUCUUGGUUUAAAGCUGGAGGGUGCAGACGGGAAGUUUGACCAACUGAGACCUCUGCACCGGUUGAAAGGUCAUAGGGUUUUAUACUCUUUCGACCUUAAAGCCGCUACUGAUAUGCUUCCUAAGAAUCUAACUGGAAGCAUACUCAAGGGUCUUUUCGGUGAGGAAAUGGGAGUAGUCUGGUUCGAUAUAAUGAACGAGACUGCUUUCAGAUCUCCCAUAAUGGUACCUGCGACGUAUAGCGCGCUCUCAGCGAACGCUUUCAGUGUGUUAGGUAUUAGGCGCAAGACUAAUGCCUUCCGCCUGAAGGGAGCUGGUUAUCGACCUCACAAGGGUAUACUAGGCGUAUACGAGUACGGAGUGGCCCGUGCCUUCUUACUACGAAAGGCAAAACCGCCGGCCCUCGAUGAGGAGUCGGUGGAAAUGAUAAGACCUUUCUGGGAAGGGCGUGAAGAUUUACUCGAACGGUUUUUAUCGACCUGGGUAGGUCAACACGUAAGGUACCUUGAAUGGUAUGCAGAUGCCUGCCUGAAUUACUCUCUACGAUUGGAAGAUCUUCUCGAUGCUCCCGUGUGUUCAUCGUCAAUCUCCAGGAUCAGUGAAGAGAAACUCUUAACCCGAUAUGGGGUUGUCUAUGAAUGCUGGGAUUAUCUCAGGAAGACUCAGGUCCCAAUACCCAUUACAGCUAACAAUUAG